AUGAAAUCAUCACCCUGCUCCAAAAUAUCACCAAAAAAAUCAGCAACAAAGGAAGUGGAAACUACCGCUAAAAAGCAGUUAAAUUUUAAUAAAACUCUAUUACAAGAUAUAACAAAUAUGCCAACUACGAAAAGUUCUACAGCAACAUUUUCCAUAUACAACAAAAAUUUGACAGACAGCUUACUAUCAUCUCCUUUGUCAAAAAAACAAACAGAAUCUUUACGUAAUGCGAUAGAUACAUCAGAUCCAACUGCAGUGGCACACAUGAUAAGGACAGAUUGCAAAUCAGUUUAUGUUGCUAUAAAAAAAAUAUUGUCAGACGAUUUGGCCAUUUCGUGUGAGCAGUUAUGUAAAAGAAAAAAUACAAGCUCUGUUCUUUACAACAACACCUGUGCUGGAAUAACAAAAUUCAAAUUUAGUAAACUUUGGGAAGAAAUGGUCCAACAUCACUGUUUUCUAACAGAUAUUUUUAAUGCUAUCUCAGGGAACUUAAUUGACUUUACAGAAACUAAAGAGUCACUGAAAAUAAAACACUCUUUUGUAUAUUCAGUUCUUAUGAAUUCCAGAUGGCAUGAGCUUAGUUUACUACAAAGAAUCAACACAGAUGGUGGAUGCUCAAAACAGCUUCAAUGUCGUCUUAAUCCUUGGAGUGUGUCUAUCAACAAAAUGCAGAGAUAUCCUGUUAAAAUUAUCUAGGGGACAUUUUAUUGACACUGCAGUGGCAAAAAUUAAAGAUGAAAGACAUUUCGUGGUACAGGAGACAACUGGGACCUCCGCAUCAUGAAAGGUCACAUGAGAAAGGACGUACAAAAUAAAGACUUACACUUGUUUGCUUCUAUUCUAAUAGAAAACAGAAUUUUAUCUUCCCAACAACAUACCAAGAAGUCUAGUUUCAUCAUUACCACGAUCUGUUUUCUCGCUAUCUAUAGUGGAAUGGAAAACUUACAUCGAAAACACAAAAGUUUUAGUUGGUAGAAUAAUGGUUCAAUAUUUAACAAAAUUCAAAUUCCUGAAAUCAUUGAUACCAGACCACAUAUUACAUGAAUACAGUCCAGAAAUGUGUAAAAAAAUCUUGUAUAGUGUCUAUGCCCAUUAUUACUGCGAACGAGGCUAACCAUGCUGAUUGCGUUAAAAUUCUUCGUCAGUAUGAAAAAUGGAUAUGAGAAAUCUACUACAAAGCUGGCAGGAUACCAAAUUUACCCAUGCUUGAGGAACCUGAAAUCCCAGAUCGGUCAGCCAAUGUCUCAUGUGAUAAAAACAGCCGACGAUCCAAUGGGUAAUAUGAAAAUUUGUUUUGCUGGUGACCAACUCACACGUGUCAGGUUUUCUGGUGCAAAAUAUCUGUUAUAUGAUGCACAUACCCCUUCUGAUAGAUUUGAGCACUGUUCACCUUUCAAGCCAGUAAUGUCGCAUACAAAGGCCAUUUAGUCUAUUCACCAAAUUCUGUAAAUGAAAAAGGAACACUACAAUUAUAUAUUUGUUGAUAUUUAGUUAAUAUUUUUGAAAUUGUGUUCUUAUAAAAAAUAAUGGUAGCAAAAUGUCUUACCAUCCUU